AUGCAAAAGCAAAUUAGCGAUACAAGUGACUAUGCAGUCACAAAAUUUGCAAGUGAUAUGAUCGACUCGUGCGACAAUUUAAAAAAAGUAAUGGAAAUUUUGAAAGACGGUGAUCCUGUUCAUGAGGGGAUCAAAGUAGCUUAUCAAAGAAUUAUGAAUGAUCUAAAAAAACAUGGAAUAGAGGAAGUAGAUCCACUUGGUGAGAUUUUUGAUAGUAAUUUACACCAAUCUGUUGUGGAAAGAGACGACAAUAAAAAAGAGCCUGGCACUAUUGUAGAAGUACUACAGACUAGUUACACUAUCAAAAAUAGGUUGCAGCGUCCUGCAAUGGUUAUUCUUUCUAAGAAAUCUGCUGAUUGUGGAAGCGAUUAG